AUGGUCGCACCUUGGGGAGCAGGGGAGAGGUGGCGGCACCGAGGAGCGGUGGACAGAUCAGAAAUCUAUCUGGGACCCCCUCCAAUUCCCCAGGUGAAUCAAGGAAUCCUUGGGCCCCAGGUUGCCCCCGUGGCCUCCGGCGAGGUGGUGGAGACUGCAGGUGGGGUAUGCAAGUUCUCCGGACAGCGACUGAGCUGGUGGCAGGCCCAAGAGUCCUGCGAGCAGCAGUUUGGCCACUUGGCACUGCAGCCCCCUGAUGGGGUUCUUGCUUCACGGCUGCGCGAUCUGGUCUGGGUGGGCCAAAGAGAGGUGCCUCUGCGGAGACCCCCGCAGAGGCGUGCGCGCACCACUGCAGUGCUGGUGUUUGGCGAGAAGACGGCUGACCGCGCGGCGCGGCUGCGGAGCCCCCUGCCUGAGCUGGCGGCGCUGACCGCGUGUGCUCACGUGCAGUGGGACUGUGCCUCGCCCGACCCCGCCGCGCUCUUCUCCGUUGCCGCGCCCGCGCUGCCCAACGCGCUGCAGCUGCGCGCCUUCGCCGAGCCAGGGGGCGUAGUGCGCGCUGCGCUGGUGGUGCGUGGGCACCACGCGCCCUUCCUCGCAGCCUUCCGCGCCGACGGCCGCUGGCACCAUGUGUGCGCCACAUGGGAGCAGAGGGGCGGGCGCUGGGCGCUGUUCUCCAACGGGAGGCGGCGCGCCGGGGCGCGGGGACUGGGCGCCGGCCACCCGGUGCCGUCCGGCAGCAUCCUGGUGCUGGGCCAGGAUCAGGACUCCCUGGGCGGUGGCUUCUCGGCGCGUGACGCCUUCAGCGGCAACCUCACCGACUUCCACCUGUGGGCGCGGGCGUUGAGUCCCGCGCAGUUGCACCAGGCACAGGCCUGCGCGCCGCCCCCAGAGGGCCUGCUCUUCCGCUGGGACCCGGGCGCCCUGGACAUCGCACCCUCGCUGCUGCCCAUGGUGUGGGUGCGCCUUCUCUGUCCCGUGCCCUCCGAGGAGUGCCCUACGUGGAACCCGGCACCUCGCAGUGAGGGCUCUGAACUCUGCCUGGAGCCGCAACUCUUCCUCUGCUGCUACGCGACAGAGACCUAUCAUCGGCUGCAGGAUGCCCAGUCGUGGCCUGGCCAGGAUGUUAUCAGCCGAGUCAAUGCUUUGGCCAAUGACAUUGUGCUCCUCCCGGACCCCCUCUCCGAAGCCCAUGGGACCCUGUCCCCAGCGGAGGCCUCCAGCUUCCUGGGCCUUCUGGAGCAAGUCCUGGCGAUGGAGAUGGCUCCACUGGGGCCGGCCGCACUUCUGGCUGUUGUGCGCUUCCUGAAGAGGGUAGUGGCCCUCGGGGCUGGGGACCCUGAGCUGUUGUUGACAGGCCCCUGGGAGCAGCUGAGCCAACGCGUUGUAUCUGUGGCCAGUCUGGUCCUGGAGGAGCAGGUGGCUGACGCAUGGCUGUCCAUCCGUGAGGUGGUUGGUGGGCCUAUGACCCUGGUGGCGAGUGUGCAGCGCCUGGCACCCCUGCUGAGCACCACAAUGACCUCAGAGCAGCCCCGAAUGCGCAUCCAGCACCGCCAUGCUGGCCUCUCUGGAGUCACCGUGAUCCACAGCUGGUUCACCUCCAGAGUCUUCCAGCAUACCCUAGAGGGGCUGGACCUACAGCCCCAGGCCCCUGCCAGCUCAGAGGAAGCAAACAGGGUGCAGAGGUUCCUAAGCACCCAGGUGGGGUCAGCCAUCAUCUCCUCUGAAGUGUGGGACGUCACUGGAGAGGUCAGCAUGGCCGUGACAUUUCAUCUGCAGCACCAGGCCCAGAGCCCUCUGUUCCCUCCCCAUCCCCCAAGCCCAUAUACAGGGGGUGCCUGGGCCACCACGGGCUGCUCCGUGGCUGCCCUGUACCCGGACUCCACCGCCUGCUUCUGCAACCACAGCACCAGCUUUGCCGUCCUGCUGCAAAUCUAUGAAGUACAGAGAGGCCCUGAGGAGGAGUCGCUGCUGAGGACUCUCUCAUUUGUUGGCUGUGGUGUGUCCUUCUGCGCCCUCACCACCACCUUCUUGCUCUUCCUGGCGGCCGGGGUCCCCAAGUCAGAGCGAACCACAGUCCACAAGAACCUCACCUUCUCCCUGGCCUGUGCAGAGGGCUUCCUCAUGACCAGCGAGUGGGCCAAGGCCAAUGAGGUGGCAUGUGUGACUGUCACAGUCGCAAUGCACUUCCUCUUUCUGGCGGCAUUCUCCUGGAUGCUGGUGGAGGGGCUGUUGCUGUGGAGGAAGGUGGUAGCUGUGAGCAUGCACCCGGGACCAGGCAUGCGGCUCUACCACGCCACAGGCUGGGGCAUGCCUGUGGGCAUUGUGGCAGUCACCCUGGCCAUGCUCCCCCGUGACUACGUGGCCCCUGGACAUUGCUGGCUCAACGUGCACACAUAUGCCAUCUGGGCCUUCGUGGGGCCUGUGCUCUUCGUACUGACUGCCAACACCUGCAUCCUGGCCCGUGUGGUGAUGGUCACCGUGUCCAGCACCCGCCGCCGUGCCCGCAUGUUGAGCCCACAGCCCUGCCUUCAGGAGCAGAUCUGGACCCAGAUAUGGGCCACGGUGAAGCCUGUGCUGGUCCUGCUGCCCGUCCUGGGCCUGACCUGGCUGGUGGGCAUCCUGGUGCACCUGAGCCCCGCCUGGGCCUACGCUGCCGUGGGCCUCAACUCCAUUCAGGGCCUGUACAUCUUCCUGGUUUAUGCUGCCUGCAAUGACGAGGUGCGGAGCGCCCUGCAGAGGAUGGCUGAGAAGAAGGUGGCCGAGGUGCUCAGGACGCUGGGGGUGUGGGAUGGGGGAGCAGAGAGAGCUCUCCCUGCCUUCAUCUCUGAAAAGUUUGCAUUUUCCUCACUAGGGACCUAUGGCCCUAGAACCCCCUCAGCCUUCUCCUCCAUUGCAAACCCGGAGAGACAGGCUGUGGAACUGACAGCAUUCAAAGCUUCAGCGGGCGCUGCCAAGGAGCACAGCCUGCCUCCCUCUGUCCUCCCCUCUCUCUGCCCCCCAAGUCCAGCACCCCCCCUCACCCUCUGA